AUUAACUCGAGAGUUCCGACAGCGGUAGCACGUUUUACUGUAAAUUAGUCUUAAAAAACGCUGUUAAUGUGUCCAAUUAGGGCGGAAGAGUGCGGAUCGCGUAAAUAACCAGAGUGAUCAUGUGGCAGUACACGUAACAAACUCAGGGGGAUAAAGACUGUAAUCGCGUUAGUGGUGCAACAAUUCCCCAGCGGUUUGGAGCAGUUAAUCAUGAUGCCUUUGGCACCGACUCCAGUUCUUCCAGUGCCAUCCAAGCCGAAAAUCGGGUUCUCGAUCGAUUCGAUAGUUGGAGGCGCGACCGGCCACAGUCCCCAAACAUCCCCAGUGCACUAUUCGGAAAGUUCAGCACCGUUGUCUCCCUCAAGCGAUGCGGAUCAGCGGCUAAACGGCUCCCCAAAGAACUAUUCGCCCCAAAGAUCGCCGAUGGGGUCACCAAAGCCGCCGAUUAUGGUUCCGGGCAUUCCGGCGCAUAGUUUGGUGCGACCGAACCCCACUUACGAUCCCAAUUUGGUGGCGAAAAAUGCCUUUUUGCAGCCGGAGAUGAUGCAUAAUCAUACCGGGCAGCAUCCGUUUGCGUUGGCGCAUUUUCAGGGAGCCGCUCUGGCUGCCGCCCUGAGCGGACAACACGGAUUUCCGGGACAACCUUCACCUCUUACCACACACACGCCACCGAGGGAUAGCUAUCCUUUGUAUCCGUGGCUCAUCAGCCGCCAUGGGAGGAUCUUUCCCCAUCGAUUUCCUGGUGGUAAGUCCCUGUCCACUCUUACCGCACUUGUCAACCCCGGACACCUUAAGACCAAGGAAACUCCAGCAAUUUAACCGUUUGAGGAUGGCGUUCUCAUACACGAUAUUUUCAAUAGUUCAUUUUGAACAUUUCCAGAAAGAAAAACCUUUAGUUUAGUGCGAUUUAAGCAACGCUUUGGCUUAAUCGUAAAUAAGUCCAUGAAAGUCAAAUCUGGGCUUCUAACCGGCCGAUCGUCGGCUCCAAUUGAAAGUUUUUUUUAUGGGAAAUAAAACAUUACUUCAAUUGCUGUCCAAUAAUCCAUUUUUUCGCUUUCUUUC